AUGUCUGCCCCUCCGAGUCUGCGAACAAGCAACCCCAGCUUCAUGUCGCCUCGCGACAAGGCACUCGCAUCCGUCAGCCAUGUCACCUUGCCUCAGUCCUACAAGCUGUUCAAGUCAGCUGGGCGAAUGAACUUCGCCAUGGCUGGUGCUGGCAAGCGUCGUGCCAGGCUUCAGGCUGCUGCCUCGUCCUGCGGCGAGCCUUCAUCGUCGGAGGACAAGACGAGCCAGUCGCCCGGUGUUCAGCGCAACAGUCCUGAGCACUUGUCUGAGAGCCGCUCUUCUCCUCAGUCACUGCCACGCUUCGACGGAAAUGCCGAUCCUCAGCGCCCUGGCGCCACUUUCGAAAUCUCCUCACGCAACGUGCUGGACUCGCUUGGCGUGGCUGCCCACUACUCUUCUCAAGGUCUUGUCGUGCCUGACUUCAUCCCGCGUCGACCUGGCAAGCUCAACAUGCAAGGCAAGGAGGUUCCUGUCAAGUUGAACUCGUUCAACGUCACCCAGGUGCCCACCAAGCCCGUCUACCAGUACGACGUCAACAUCGGCUCCGGCACCGAGAAGCGUGGCCUAGUCAUGAAUGUAUGGGAGUCGAAGACCGUCAAGGCCAAGAUCGGCAAUGGCUGGCUGUUUGAUGGUAACAAGAUCGCCUGGUCGCUCCACAAGAUGGAUUCGAUCACCCUUGAGGUCGAUCUUGAUGUUGAGCGUGGCCGUAACCCUCGUGAGGACCGCAAGGGCAAGAAUAAGCACCGGUUCCACAUGCGCUCCACCAAGAUCCUCCGCUUCGAUCUCCUUGGUGCCUAUCUUGGCGGCAAGGCGGACUAUGGCAACGAGAUCACCGAGGCUAUCAUCUUCCUGGACCAUCUCAUGCGUGAGACUCCCUCUGGCAAGUUCACGAAGAUCAAGAAGUCCUUCUUCGCCCGUGGUCAGGCUCGCCUUUCCCUCACCGGUGCCAUCGAGGCCUUCAAGGGCGUCUUCUCGUCCAUUAGAGUUGCCACCUCCCCUGCUAACAAGCCGUGCUUGACCGUUACCGUCGACGUGGCCAACGGCACCUUCUUCCAGGAUGGUCGGCUUCAUGAGGUUGUCAUGCACAUGCUGAACCUCUCGAAUCCUCAAGCAUUGAUAAGUGCAUACGCGAAGGCGCAAGACAAUUGGGACAGGUCCAUGCUGAAGACGAACCUCAAGCGUCUCAGCAAGGUCAGGGUCGUUGUGGGCCACCGCGGUGUCGACAGGGAGACCAAGGGUCUUCCGGUGUACACGAUCGACAAGAUCAUGUCGCGUACGCCUCAGCAGCACAAGAUCGAGAUCCGUGACGGCGAGAGCCGUCAAUGGAUGACGGUUUCCGACUACUUCCGCCGCAAGUACAACAUCACGGUCCUCGCUGGUCUGCCGCUGGUCAAGAUGACCAAGAAGGACAUCUACAUGCCCUUGGAAGUCUGCAAGAUCGAGCAGAACCAGAGGUACCCCUUCAAGCUUAACGAGAAACAGACCAGCAACAUGAUCAAGUUCGCUGUCACUCCUCCUAAGGAGCGUUGGGCGAGCAUCGACCAUGGCCUCGGCAUGCUGAACUGGCCUUCGGAUCCCGCACUUGCUCACUUUGGCCUCAAGAUUGACCCCAAGCCUGUCGUUGUCAAGGCGCGCCAGCUCCAGCCUCCCCAGGUCACCUUUGGUGGUACUGGCAACCAGGCUCACGUUGCUCCCAACGAGGCUGGCAAGGGUCGCUGGAUGCUGCUCGGCAAGAAGUUCCUGAGCAAGAACACGGUUCCCCUCAAGUCUUGGGGUGUCUGCGUCAUCCAGGGCCGUGGCUCCGUUGAUGCAGAGUCUGCGAAGCGCUUCUUCACGCGCUUUAUCGAGGUCUACAAGAAGCAUGGUGGCGAAGUCGUCAACUCCAAGUUUCAGCUCAUGCAAGGCAACCUCCAGCAGGGCACCGAAAUGGUUACGAACGUCUGGAAUGCUACUGGCAACAUGAACCAGUUCAGGCCUCAACUCCUCUUCUUCGUGGUUCCCGACCGCAACUCAGAGACGUACAACCGUAUCAAGAAGAUCUGCGAGUGCCGUCUUGGAGUCGUGACCCAGUUCCUCCAGUCGGCGCACGUCAUGAAAAACCAGGACCAAUACCACUCCAACGUCUGCAUGAAGGUCAACGCUAAGCUUGGCGGCUUCACGUCGAGGGCUCAGGGUGCUCUUGCCAAGAUCGCUCCGAGCAACGCGAAGAUCAAGACCAUGGCUAUUGGUGCCGACGUUUCCCACCCUGCUCCUGGCGCUCUCAAGGACGGCUCCACCGGCUCUUUUGCCGCCAUCACCAUGUCGCUGGACUUGUCGCUGACGCGCUAUGCCGCCCAGUGUGAUACCAACGGCUUCCGCGUCGAGAUGAUUUCCACUCCAAACAUAAACAACCUUCUUGGUCGCAUGGUCACGCACUGGAUGACUGGCGUUGGUGAGGGCAAACUUCCUGAGCGGAUCAUCUACUUCCGUGACGGUGUAUCGGAGCCCCAAUACCAGCAUGUCUUGGACCAGGAGGUUCGCGACAUCCGGAGCCUUCUCAGGCGCCUCAGCCCGAAGUCCAUUCCCCAGCUGGUUGUGAUCGUCGCUUCCAAGCGCCACCACGUCCGCUUCUUCCCCGAGGGUCGCAACGGUGAUCGCAACGGUAACCCGAACCCUGGCACUCUGGUUGAGACGGGUGUUACGCACCCCUUCCAGUUCGACUUCUACCUUUGCGCCCACUCGGCUAUCAAGGGUACUGCUCGCCCGGUCCACUACACGGUGCUGAUGAACGAGGCCAAGAUGAGCUCGGAGGAGAUUCAGCAGAUGAUCUUCGAGCACAGCUUCCAGUACAUUCGGUCCACGACUCCGGUCAGCCUCUUCCCUGCCGUCUACUACGCUCACUUGGCUUCUCAGCGUGCCCGUGGCCACGCCUCGGACGGAAACCCUUCGUCUGGCAAGAAGCAGACCACGGAGCCCAAGGAGACGGCUACUUCGACUUCGGAGAAGACUCCUACCGAGGUUGCUCCCAUCACGCCCAUGAACAACAAUCAGGGCAUCGACUUCUCGAUGUGGUACAUCUGA